UUCAAAGUCAUUGAUGGAGUCAGAUUCGAUUUCGUGAUGGCUACUUUCGUUGAUGCUGAAGCCAUAGAUGCGUCUUUGUGACGAAACCGUGAAGUAGUUGGGUGUGGGCAAGGUAUUCUUUAGAUGUGUUCAAAGGUGCAAAGGUGGGCCCCCUGAUCAAAACAAACAUCAGUCCAUUCCUGCUGGAAAUCCAGAUGGGAAUUUGGUAUUACCGAGGGGUUAACGUUCUAGCAGCGAAGAACUUGAGGAGCGAUGAAUUGUUGAAUGUGAGUGCAGCCAUUGGAUUUAUGCACCACCUUGCAUAUACAUACUCUGACAUUCCCUCUCUGCAUGGCAGCUGUGCACUGGCCGUGCAUUGCACUCAGAAUCCUUCCACCACAUUUGUUUCUCGUUACUUCUCGGCUCACAGCCAUAGUUAAUAAUAAAGCGCCAAUCUGUUUUCCACUUCCCACCCCACGAUGGGCGACAAGACAUUGAACUUUUAUCGUUAUUCGCUCGUCGGUUUCUCUUUGGCUUGCAAUUCACGACCUCACUUCCACGGAGUACACAGACCAGUCACGAGUUGUCCAGUGUCCAAGUUCUAUAUCCACACUGUGCAGGCCAAUGAGAGUUAACCGCUAUGUAUGCCGAUGCACUAGGAGAUAACGCAGUCGAGCAAUAUGCGAUGUUCUUGACUUUGCUCGAACUGACUGCGGACAUCAACGAACGUCGAUUAGCAUUGA